AUGAAUUUUGCACAAAACUCAUCAAUUCAAAAGCCAACACCACCAGAUAAGGGAAGUUUCCCACUCGAUCAUGAUUCAGAAUGUUCAAAACCAAUGAUGGAUUAUAUGAAAUGUUUAAAAGAUAAUCAAAAUCAAUCAAGACUCUGCAUGGAGUUUUCAAAACUAUAUUUACAAUGCAGAAUGGAUAAUAAUUUGAUGGCUAAAGAAGAUAUGGAUAAUUUUGGAUUUGAAAAUGUUAAAAAUGCAAAGAUCGUACAGGCACCAAAAUAUAAUCCUAAUGAACCAAUCGUAGCAGGUUUAUCAAGAAGAAAUAAUAAUAAAUAG